AUGGGUAAUUAUAGAUUUAAACUAUCAGAUAUGGUACCAAACGCUUGGUUUUACAAGCUCAAGGACCUGGGAAAAAGCCGAAGCCAAAUCAAGAGAAAACAAACAUCUUCAUCGACCUCAUUAUCAUCUUCAAUAUUUUGCUCAUCAUCAAAUCUUCAACAGCACCAUAGAAAAUCAUAUUACUUUUCAAGAAACCUUAGACCUAAUAAUUCUCAUCAAACCAAUGUAACACUGUCUAAGCAUAUCCCAACUUCCAACAAUUUCUCAGAAACACCAAGUAAAUAUUCCAAGAAAAGGAAGAACAUUAUGAGGAGAAACACUCCUAAAUGUGUCAAUUCCCCCUUUUCCUCUGAACCACAAUCCUCUCUUCAUUCUCCCAAAUCCAUGAUUUUGUCACCAUCUCAUCGUCGUUGCAAUGAUCAUAUAUUAGACUCUGUUUUCAAAAUCGAUCUUCCUCCAAUUAUAACCAAGCCCAACAAAAAGGAAGAAAAAACAGAGCUCAAGUUUUUAACAGUGAAAAUAGAACAGAGUACAAGUCCAAAAAGAAGAAUUUCAGUGAGUUCAUCAUCAAAUGGGGUGAAGUUGAGAACAAAAUCUCCUAGAGUAGUAAGCAGAAAAAGCGUUUCUUCAAGAACAAGCUAUGCAGUGGUGAAGUCAUCUAAAGAUCCACACAGAGAUUUCAAAGAAUCCAUGGUAGAGAUGAUAGUGAAGAAUAACAUAAAGACAUCUAAAGAUUUAGAAGAACUUCUUGCUUGUUAUCUUUCAUUGAAUUCAGAUCACUACCAUAAUCUCAUCAUCAAGGUUUUCAAGCAAAUCUGGUUUGAUAUUCAACUAAAAUAA